CGGGCCCCCAACACCAACCACACACCCCCUCCUCCCCUAGCACGUAUGAUUCACGAAACCGAAUUUGAAUUAAGCCAGCGUUCCUAUGGAGAAAUAGGUCGACUAUUUUGUUCUCACAUUCGUCGAGCAAUAAUUCUCCAGAUUCCUUGCUUCGUUUCUUCCGAGAACCUUAGUAUAAGAUAAGGUUGGGGAAGACACCAGAGAAGGAAAGCAAGAACAAAAAUAAAAAGAAGCUGAAGAUGAGUAUUGCAGAGGAGAAGAUCGAGAUAAUUACAAAUGACGAAUGGUUAAGCUCGUUGAAGACGAGGGUAGCCAAAACAAAAUGGGUGGUCGGGCGCACCAGUGGGCCGACCAUCUUCAAAGUCCCAAGAAUCUUUCAAGAGGCAGAUCCGAAGGCAUAUGAGCCUAAGAUGGUGUCGCUCGGCCCCUACCACCAUGGCAACAUACACCUGAAAGCUAUGGAAGAUCUGAAAUGGCACUACCUCAAGGAAUUCCUGGGCCGAAACCCCGGCAAGCCACUGGAAGACUACAUCGAUCAGAUCAAGGAAAGAGAGCACGAGGCACGUAUGGCCUAUUCAGAAAAAGUGGACAUGACUAGUGAUGAGUUCGCCCAGAUGAUGCUGCUUGACUGCUGUUUCGUGAUCGAGAUCAUAGACUUGUGGAAAACGUAUGUGGAAAGACAAGAAAAGGAAGAAGAAGAAGAAGAAGAGAACCUUGGAGUGUACCUGAAGGUUGGGGGAGGCACCAGAGAAGGAAAGCAAGAGCACAAAGAAAAAGAAGCUGAAGAUGAACGCACCGAUGGGCCGACCAUCUUCAAAGUCCCUAGAAUCUUUCAAGAGGCAGAUCCGAAGGCAUAUGAGCCUAAGAUGGUGUCGCUCGGCCCCUACCACCAUGGCAACAUUCACCUGAAAGCUAUGGAAGAUCUGAAAUGGCACUACCUCAAGAAAUUCCUGGGCCGAAACCCCCGCAUGUCUCUGGAAGACUACAUCGAGCAGAUCAGGGAAAGAGAGGACAAGGCACGUAUGGCCUAUUCAGAAAAAGUGGACAUGACUAGUGAUGAGUUCGUUCAGAUGAUGCUGCUUGACUGCUGUUUCGUGAUUGAGAUCAUACACUCGAAUGUGGAAAAACAAGAAGAAGAAAAAACAGUAGAUAAACAAAUUAGAUGUACGCGGUCAUGGUUCCGCACUGCGCGACCGAUGCAUUCCGUGGUCGCGAGCACUGCGCGACCGAUGCAUUCCUUGGCCGCGCGACAGAUGACGAUGUCGGAAAAGCAGCUUCGAACGGAUGGGAAAGGAACAGAAGCUGUGCAUAAUCCAAUUACAAGUACACAGUACACUCUACCAGUGGUCGUGCGAGACAUGCUGAUGCUGGAAAACCAGCUUCCUUUCCUUCUCCUCCAGACACUGUUCAAAUCGGCUUUUCCUGAAUCAGCUGAUCCCCUAGAAAAUUGGACACUCAAAUUCGUCAGCAAUUUCGUGAAAAGCAAGAUUGAGAAUCCCCCCAAUAUCGGCAUUAAGAAAAUUCAUCAUAUACUUCAUCUUUGGCAUUAUUACAUUGACCCAUACAAGAAACGAGAUGGCGGUAAACCUUCCACAUCCCUCUGCCACAAGCCUAACAGGAACAACUUACGUCGCUCUCGAGAAGAUUACCACACAACUUCCCUGCUGAAAUGGAUUCCAAGUGCGACGCAGCUGAUGGAGGCUGGAGUACAUUUUAAGAAGAAGGAGGCCACGAACUUCUUGGACAUCACCUUUCAGAACGGUGAGAUGGGGAUUCCCUUACUUCAGGUAGAUGACGACACCGAGACCUUCCUCAGGAACCUCAUAGCAUUCGAGCAGUGCUCCAAGAAUGUCAGUCUUCAUGUCACGGCCUACGCGGCUCUCAUGGAUUGCAUCAUCAACACCGCCGCCGACGUCGCGUUGCUCCAGCAACAUGGGAUCAUCCUUAGCGGUUUGGGCGACGGCAAGCAAGUAGCUAAUCUCUUCAACAAACUUUGCAAGGAGGUGACGUUAGACUACGAUAAAAGUUAUGUUUCAGGCAUCUACAAAGAUGUCAACGAGCACUGGACCAACCAAUGCAACCAAUGGCGAGCGAGGCUUAAUCAUGAUUACUUCAGUAAUCCUUGGGCGGUCAUCUCGGUGUUUGCAGCUAUCUUGCUCUUCGUUCUCACCAUAACGCAGACCAUCUAUUCUGCUCUGAGCUAUGUUCGACCGCCAAAUUAGUCUCCGUAUUAUUAUUAUUAUUAUCUUUUGCCUCUUCCUGUAUGGUUUGAAAUCUUACUGGUACCGUAUGAUUCUCUGGAUGCUGUACUGUAAUUUUUUAU